AUGUACAAAUCACUAUUCAUGCACAUAAUUGCUGCCUUGAACCUCCUGCAUGUCAAGGGAAUUUCUAUUUAUGAUACCCCUCUGCCAAUGGAAAGGAAGUUGCUUGGCAACAAGUCUGGAGGCCAUGUUACCAAGAAUUUACUAAGCACAAACCAGAUAUCAAAAGUCAAGCCUGCACGCCUUGAAAGUCUGGAACGCGGGCAAAACAUUUUUGACCCAAUCCGAGUUAAACAAAAUGAGGGCUCCAUUUUCACACUCGAUUGUCUCGAGAAUAUGAUGCGGGCGCACGCCCAGCUUCAUUCAAAGUCAGAAUCAGAAGUUCAGCAGGCUCUCAGAGUUAUUCGAUCCCAACUUUUUAAGCAAAUCGGCGCGGACAGGAAGUGGCGAUCAGGCGGUAGUAUUGCAAUCAUGAACUUGAAGGCUUUGGAGGUCGUAUUAUUGAAAAUAGACGCAAAAGACAGAGUCGAUGGCAGCUUAACUGAGCUCGAGCGUUACGUGUUGAGGAAUGCUAUGCAGAUUAUUUACGAUUUGCGUAGUUUUUCUGAUCUUCGAGCUGAACGAGUUUGGUUCAGUCGUCAGAUCAAACAUUUCUUUGUAAACUCGAACUCCGUAUUCCUGAGAGAUGAAUACUCCCAAGCAGUUCGUCGAGCUCAGAUAGGCCAGGCUCCGCUUGAUAUAGCUCAAUACGACCAGAUUAGAGGAAUUGUCAGGAUUCCCGGAGGUCCUCACAUGCCUCCUUCGCUAUCAGGAUUUCUCACUGCGCCCUCGCGAAUCGAGGAAAGUCAGGUUUUCAAAAAGAACACGCCUCAAGACAUCAUUGAUUUCGUAAGACUUUUUAAUGCCCAGCAAGCUGAGAUCAAUGUCUCGGAUUUUGAGCCAAUCAUAGAGCGCUUGGCACAUGCCCUUGAAAACCCACCUUCAAGAAAUCUCGAUCCUCAGGCCAAUUCCCUCAGAGUAGAAUUGAUCGGAUUGGCUGCUCGAACUUUCGCUCUCAAAAAUGCACAAUCGCAUGACGAGGAAUGGGUUUUCCCAUUUUUCACUCACCUUAUGAGAUUAACAAAACUCGCUUCGGGGCCAGAGGACCGCAUCCAAGCCGAGGAGCUCGUUCAAUUUUUACAACUGGUGAAGCCUUCCAUACAUAGACAGUUUAUCCAGGAAUUCAAGUGUAACGGUAUAAAAACUGUGUUUGACCGAGUCUUAUCGAACGGGCCCGAGAAAGAGUUGAGAAAGACCGCUUUGGAGCUUCAAACUAUCUUUGAGCGAAUGCAAAACUUUCAUUUCCAUGGAAAUCUUGUUCCUUCUCGAGUUGAAAACCUAAGACUGGAGAAAAUACCCGGUCAUCCACUUGCUUUGCUGAAAAACGGUACGAAAGCCUCUGAUGGGGUCUAA